UUGAGCAGCCCAAUCACGUUUUUGACUAAGGUGCAUUAUCACGAGCAGUACGAUGGCUGCACUCAUGAAAACGACAUAGCAAUAAUAGAACUCGACGAAAAUGUUUCUGAGUCCGAGGCAACACCGAUUUGUAUGCCGACAAGAAACCAAGCAAUCGACUUUGAUCUCACUGUGGUGGGAGGAGGCGCGAGGGGUCCCAAUGAAAACGAUAAGUCCCAGGAUCCUAUUGGUUUACAGAAGCUGAAUGUUACAUUCCUGCAAACACGGAACAAGGUUAUUGAUGUGUUAUUGCCUCUAAAAGCAGGAAUAUGUCCCGGAGACAGUGGAGGUGCGCUCAUUCAAACUAACGGUGAUAACAGAUUCAUACAGUUGGGUGUGAUGUCUCGUGGCAAUUCUUGUGACAGAGCGUAA